AUGAUAGAAUGGAUUCCAGCAACGCAAUAUGACUUUGUGGAAGAAGUUGUUUGCCAGGCAUCAGACAUCAAUGACAAUGAAAUGAAAUCAUUUGAAUUGGGUGGCGGAAAAGUGCUGCUGGUAAAGCAGGGCGGUAAGCUGUCUGCAAUUGCCAACAAGUGUUCACAUUAUGGAGCUCCUCUAUCUUCGGGGGUCUUGGGAGAUGGACGUGUCCGCUGCCCCUGGCAUGGAGCUUGCUUUAAUGUUCAUACAGGUGACAUUGAAGAGUUUCCUGGUUUGGAUAGUGUUCCAUGCUUUAGUGUGAGAGUAACAUCAGAUGGUGGUGUUGCUAUUAGAGGAAAACGAAGUGAUCUGAAAUCUGCAAAGCGAGUGAAGCCAAUGCAGACUCGUGAUCCAGUAAACCAAGAUACUUUCGUCAUUGUUGGAGCAGGUGCAGCUGGUAUGUCUUGUGCUGAGACAUUAAGGCAGGAGGGUUUCAGGGGCCGGCUGGUUCUUAUAACAGCUGAGAGGUAUCCUCCUUACGACCGCAUCAAGCUUAGUAAAAUGUUGGAUGCAACCAUUGAUAAGUUGGCAACGAGGCAAGAUAGUUUUUAUCAGGAAUAUAAUAUUGAACUCAUGCUGUCAACUGAAGUCACUGGUUUGGACACGCAUCACAAGCAGCUGAAGUUGGGAAGUAAUACUCUGAACUACACGUCCCUUUUUUUGGCUACUGGUGCAAACCCACGUGUACCUUCAAUUCCAGGAAGUACAUUGGAGAAUGUGUUUAGAUUAUCGAAUCCGACGCAAAAAUGA